UUUCCGGAAGUUGACAGUCCAAAAAGUGAGCGCGACCAGGUGAGCCCGUAUCUCCCGCCCUAUGGCCGCGCGGAGGAUGGUUACCAACUACAGCCUCGUGCGUGGAGCUCGCUAGCACGAGAGGUUGUUGUUUUAUGUUUAUUAUUAUUAUUAUUAUAUAUUUAUGCUACAUGUACAUAUUAUUCUACGUGUAUAUGAGAAACAUGAAGGCGACCCGCGCCGCGCACGGCUUACUGCGCGUCUGCGUCCUGUCCUGGCUCGCCUACCUGUUGUCCUCCACCUGCGCCACCUGCGGAGCGGCGGCCUCCGCCCACCAGCACCACCACCACCAGCAGCACCAGCACCAGCAGCAGCACCACCGGCCGCUGACGGAGGAGCAGAAGGCGGACCAGAACCUGCAGUUCAUGUUGAGUCUGUACCGCAGCGCCGCGGAGCCGGACGGUCGGCCCAAGCAGCACCGGAAGUUCGGGUCCAACACGGUGCGCCUGCUGAGGCCGUCCGCCUCGUCGGUGCGCCACCUGCCGGCCUCCCCAGACCACCGCUACAGCUUCACAGUGCAGUACAACCUGGACACGGUUCCCUCAGAGCAGCUGAUCAGAGCCUCCUUCAUCCACCUCCGCUCUGCACCCUCCUCCUCCACCCGCCCCCUCCACCCCCCCCGCUGCAGGGCUCAGAUCACCUCACUGGGCAAAGCGAGCCUGGUCACCCUCGAGCCCCACGAGCGCUGGACCGAGACGGACAUCACCGCCCACGUCCGGCGGGGGAAGAGCCGCGGCCCCCCGGGGGGCCACUUGACCCUCACGGCCCAGUACUGGUGCAGGGAGGGGGGCGGCGGCCUCUCGGGGUGGCGGUUUCCCCUCCGCAGGGGGGCGCCCCACCUCGAGGUCCCGUCCCUCCUUUUGUACGUGGAGGAGGAGCGGGAGGGGAAGGACUGGAUGGGCGACCUGCUGGGGGUCCAAGGGGAGAACAUCACGCGCCGUCCUUCCCUCCCGCCGCCGCCGCCCCCCCCCGCCACCCGCCGCCGCCGCCGCUCCAAAGACCCCUCCCCGCCGGACCCCAAGGACACGUCGCUGGACGUGCUGAAAAACGCCCCCACCUACUCCUCCUCCUUCUCCACCUCCGCCUCCGUCAUCCCCGACAUCCCCCCCAGCGGCUCCGGGCGGCGGGCGGGGGGGGCGGCGCCCAAGAGCCGCUGCAAGCUGCACUCGUUCCGCCUGUCCUUCGACGAGCUGGGCUGGGGCCACUACUUCAUCGCCCCCCCGGUGUACAACCCGCGCUUCUGCCAGGGCAACUGCCCCCGGGUGCUGAGCUACGGCUUCCACUCCCCCAACCACGCCAUCAUCCAGACGGUCAUCAGCGACCUGGGGGUGGGCGACGUGCCGCCCCCGUCCUGCGUGCCCUACAAGUACAUGCCCAUGAGCGUGCUGGUGGUGCACAAGAAGAAGGUGGAGUACCGCGAGCUGGAGGACAUGGUGGCCGAGUCGUGCACCUGUCGCUGACUCUGGGGGGGGGGGUUUAAGCACUUUACCGUUAAAGCACUUUGAUUAAAACAAACGGGCAGCUGAAGCGUUUUAAAGCCUCUGGGCCAAUAAAAUAAAACCACGUCAACUCGGUGAAGCUUUUAAAAAAAAAAAAAAAAAAAAUGUGUGGAGGAGUCGCUGCUGUUUGCUGGAAGUUAAACUGAGUCAUCGCUGAACCUCGUGUUGUUUGUUCUUUUAAAGAAAAAAGAUAAACUUGAUCGGCGUUUCGUAUCAAAGUUCACAUUCCCAAGAAGAACCCCCCCCCCCCUCCCCAAAACCCCCCAAAUGUUAAUGUAUUGAAAGGCGCUGACGUGAAGCUGCUACAAUGUGCAGAAGGUAGAUGUUUUAAUGGAGGAGGCUCGGCCGCGCUGACGGGACUUUGAAGGCUUUCGUGUCGUCCAAAUUGUUUUUGCUGUUUACAAUCUCAACCUUUGCAUUUUGUGUGUAUUUAUAAUGGGAGGGGUCUCCAAAAAAACUUAAAAUAUGUGCUGCUGCUACUGGGCUGUCUUUGAAAAUAAAAAAAAACCUGAAUGAAGGAUUGAGAGAAAAGAAUCACGUGAAAAGACAAAUGGAAGUUUUGCAGUCUGAAGGAAUGCAAUUUUUAUUACGCGUGAAAAUAGAUAAUACAAUAAAAUGCAUGUUUUCUAAAAACCCUAAUUUAUUGUCAU